ACCACUUCACUCUGCCUGGAGCCCGAUAAUAACUACAGGACCGCUCUGGAUGGAUUUACCGUCCCUCCCACCUCGCACCGCAGAAUUUCAUUCACAAGACAGGUGAUUGUAAAACCGCUGCCAAUCAAUAGAAGGCAGAGGGGGGGGGGAAAGAAAGGCUCGGAGAUUCUCCCUAUUAUUCUACUCCGACGAGCGUGGGGGAAAGGCGCACCUGCGAGAGUCUCCUUUCCCCUUUCCCUAACUGAGAACUCACAUUUGGGCGCUGCUCCUACUGCUUGCUUCACACUAAGGCUACACUUAACAGACUGGACGAACUGGGCACAAAGAACAAGAGGGGCGCUGAACAGGAGUGUGUGUUUGUGUGUGUGCUUGAAAAUAGAGACUGGAUGGAUCCAUCUCUUCCUCUGGCACUCCACAGGCGCUCAUCCAUUUAUUUAAGCCUGGCCGACGACAGCAUGCCAAACGCAGACUCCAGCGGCAGAGCUCGCCAGAGACUUCCCAACAGAGGACAGGAGUAAGACGUCCUCUGGCAGACUUCGCACCUGCACAGCAUCCGUACAGGACCUGGCAGCGUCGAUACACACGAACAGGACAGAAGAACCCUGUUUAUGGGCCCUAAACCCCGAGAACCCCCCGGGAUGGCGUGCAGCGCGUGCUACUACCUGGUUAUCAGCUCUACGCACCUAAGCAAUGGACACUUUCGGCGUGUCAAGGGGGUCUUCAGAGGACCACUGUGUCCAGCAACAAGCAGUGAAUCACCGGAAUGUGCAGAGAGGCCUUUGGGUUGCUCAGUGGAGGAUCUGAAGUCUCUUUUCUACUGUGAGUUAUGUGACAAGCAGUACCUGAGACACCAAGAGUUUGACAACCACAUCAACUCCUACGAUCAUGCACACAAACAGAGGCUGAAGGAACUAAAGCACAGAGAGUUUGUUCGUAAUGUGGCCUCAAAAUCGUGGAAGGACCAGCGCAAGCAAGAGAAGGCUCUUAGGCGUCUGCACCAGCUCGCACAGCUGCAACAAGAAACCCAGCGAGUCCCAAGAAAGUUUCAUGGGCUGAGACGUGCAGCCAGAGCUGUUAGCCACCAACAAGAUAAAGAUUUGCACCAAAGAGACAACAGCCCUGAGGACAAACCUGAUACCCUCAACCGGCCUCAGAAAACCCCAGCUACACAGUCCAGGACUCCAAGCCAGCAGGCAGUAGAUCCAUGCCAACCUCUUUCGCAAAUACCUCUAGCCACUGCUUUAGCAAAGUCCCCACUAAUCACUUCUACAUCUGAUACAGCCUUUCCUGCUGUGCAUUCCCAGUCUUGCCACAGCUUGUGUCCCCAGCUGCCUCUCCCUGCACAGGGAAGAGUGGGAGGUAGGCUUGGAGUAUCCUUCUGUUUCUCACGCAGAGGGCCAAGGCUAGAGCCUUCUGCCUCCGUCUUCUCUGACCUGGAAGAGGAAGAGAGGGAGAAGCAGGAACAAAUGAAAGAAAGAGUAAAGGCGAUAAUGGAAGAUAUCGACAGGGAGAUCGGAGAAGCAGAUGAGAGGAGACAUAGUGAGAGCGAAAAGGAAAAGUCCGGCUCUGACAGUGUCUUAGUAAGCGACAUUCAGCCCAUCCCCAGAGAGUUUGCAAGAGAAGAGGAACAGAUGGAAAAAGGAGAGAUAGUAAAAGAACAUUUUUCUAUUUCCACAGCAGCCAAUAAUAAUCAGAGUGAUGACUCACUUGUCUCACAAUCACAGACCCAGGUGACCACAUGGGGAACAGUUCUAGCAGUGGCGCACGUGGACACCAAAUAUGAAGAGAGCGAGACAGAGAGAAAGCAAGAAACAGAGCAAGGGAGGGAGGCAAGUGAUUUUGUGUUUGUGCAGGGGAAAGAUGGUUCGACCCAUUUGAGUUGGCCUGUCAGCUUGCUUAAGUUCACCAAGUGUCAACCACACAUCUCCUACAGCUGCAACCCGCUGUGCUUGGACCUUCAACCACCUGAAAAACUCACAGAAGUUGUGCACAAGUCAGAACAAAGUCUUAUGUGUGCUCUUUCAGGUGAACCAAAUCCAUGUGCUCCAGAUGUUCUUACACAAGAUGCUAAUUCUUAUUUGCAAAAACCUCAAUUUAAAGCACAUCGACAUGAAAAAGCAGAAGAGAAUUUAAAUCAAAAUACCAAUGUGGAGACAGAAGCACAUCUGUUCCUUAAGAGCAAAAAACUUUCAUCAUCAGAAGCAGAAGCAGAAAGAGGAGGUUGCACACUAAGUCAGGAGGAUUGUGAGAGAGUAGACUCCCGUCCAUUCAAACCCAGUCAAAGUGAAACCUCUGAUGCCAACUCCCAGAAUCCUCUGGGAGGCAGAUUAGAGGGUGCAAGAAGGACCAGGAAGAGAGCCAUCACAGCACUGAGCUGUAAAUUAGAGUCUGUCACCCAACCUGGCACACAGGGGAUGUGCAUCAGCCCGUCCAGGUGUGAAUGUGGGAGUAAGACAAUGUGCAUUUGUGCCAAUGCACUACAGCCAUAUGUGGAUGUCCCAAAAUUGGCACACAAAAAGAGGAAGGCCAGCUCUAAAAAACACAAGCUGAGAAAGAGGAAAAAGGUUGAAAAGAAAAAAGCCUCAGAUAAAUGCCAAUUAGCAAAAUGCAAAGUGAAAAGUGUCGUCUCCACAGUUUCCACAGGAAGGGAAAGCAGUGGAGGAGCUGGAGAGAGGUGGGGAAAGAAAGGAAGGCACAGAGAGACGAGGGUGAGGAGGGUGGCUAGAGCAAGAAGUGACUGUCUCAUGGGGACAUGGGAGGCCAAGCCAGUAUCUGUCUCUGUCAGGAAAAGGAGGCCUCAUAGGAGCCACGGCACUGAAUUCAAGUCACAGCCAGGCAGAGAGCAGGCAGAACACUCCAGCGUGUACUCCCAGCUGACCAGACACACAGCAGAGAGAAAUGCUGAGGGGGGCGGAAAGCGAGACAGAGAUCCAGUGACUUUUCCCUUGCGGUCUCACUUCUCCUUACGCUCCUUCUCACCAGGACGUAACUCAAAGCUGUUUUGGGAAAGGGGUCACCAUAGCAACCCCAGGAGUUUCAUUGACUGCUGUUACCCUGACAACAGCUGUGGUGGCGGCUCAACGAAAAAGAGAAAACUCCUCCAUGGGGACAGGACAUUCAUUCAUAGUAAGAAGAGUUGUGUAGUCUGGGAUGAGAGCAGGAGGAAAAUGGGAGAACACUCAGGCUGCAGAGACAGAGGCCUGAUUUCAGAUACAGAGCAGUGGGAGUGGAUGAGAGGGAGUUGUGCUGGAGGUGGUGAGGAGGACAAGUCAGGGACUGGCUGGAGCUCAAGAAACAGAGCAAUAGAGUGGGAUCAUGUAGCAAGAUUUAGCCCUAGUCCUGGUAGCUGGAGUCGAAGACGCAGACAUCUUAGUACAGAGGAUAUAGAGUGGGACAGGGGCAGUGUGGACAGAUGGACAUGGGGCAGCAGUGACAGCUGGGAAGAUAGAGGAACACACAGGUCCAUUUCAGGCUCCAGGACAGGUUCUGACAGCAGAAGCAGCCUAGGUGACAUUUGGAGAUCUGCAGGCACAAGACACUCAAGUUCAAGGCACUUCUCAAGCCCUGAGUGGUGGACAAACCGACAGUCACACAGCUGCCAGAGUAUGACGGGGACAGAGGGCAGCCGAACCCAUAGCCCUCGCUCCUGUAGCCCUUGUAGCAGCAUCAGCAUGUCUGAGCUGAGCUGUGAGUGGAGCAGGAGCAGUACCUGUUCAGAAGUCACUGUAGAAGGGUUGACAGUCAACUCCUGCAGGACAUCCUCAAGAGCUGCUGAGGUCCCACAGGAGGUCAGAAAGCACAGCAGCCCCAUGUCCACUUCAUCUGUCCUUUCUUCUGCUCCCCUUUCUCAUUUCUCUCCCCACAGAUCAGCUCAGAUAGCUCCAAGCCACAAUAUGAACCACAGCAACAGAAACCCCUUACAGCUAAAGGAGACCAGUUCACAGUCAGACCAUACCAGCGGACCCUCUGCACCUGUCAGCCUAGGCACAACUAUGCCAGGAACAUGUCAAAGUAAGACUCUGCCACAGAAAUCAGCAAGAAUGUUGCUAUUUCCUCUCAUAGGAAAACUUCCUUCAAUCCAGAGAAAAGCAAAAGGAAAAAAAGGACUGGAGAAGAGUCAGGAAAAGGAAAGACAAGAGGAAGAAAAGGGCCAUAGAGUGAAUCUUGGUACAACUCUUGACAGUCAGAAAUGUCCUCUAGAAAUUGCUGAGUCAAAUCCAAGCAGUAUGCCAAAUCUCUGCCUGUCACAGAUUAGGACUGACAACAAACAGACAGGAGGAGAGACAGUUCCAGCAAUCAGCUUUUCAGCCGAGGAAAUGGACAAAUAUCGUCUCCUGCAAGAGCAGGCACGGGAGCACAUGCAGAAAGUCCUAGAAAAGACACAAGAAAGUGAAGACACACACACACAGACAAGCUAUACACACAAUGCACAGAUAGAGAAUUGUGUGACUUCAGAGGAAUACACACAUGCACCUUUGCACAGCUCUGCACAGCCUCAAACUCAGUUAAUGCACACAGAUACGAUGCAAAGACAAGUCCAACACACUCUCCACGUCAGUCUCCCAAACCCACAUGUGACCCCACAAGAGAGCUUUACACAACCCUUGGCUCUGGGAGUCCCAAACCUCACUCAUCUUCCACCUUCUCCCCCUCUGUCUAAUCUCCAUCAUAUCAUUUUACAGCACACAGCUCUCUCCAUGCCUUCCCACUCCCCCUCUCCUUCUUGUUCAUCCCCAUCUGCUGCUAUCCAUGCACACCCACAUCCAACCCUCCAUCCUCCUUCUCUCCCUCAUCCUCUUCACCUCUCCCCCCUCUCCAUCUCUUCCCUGUUUCCCUCUAUUUUGCUGUCCCAUCAUCCCAUCCCACUGCUUCCCCAAUCCCCAGCUUUCCACACAUCCCCCCUCACGCUGCUCUCCCCAGUAGCCCUGCAACCUUUGAACUCACAGCCUUUCAUGGACGCAUCUUGGCCAGUGAGAUUUCAACAGAAGGCGUUAUGAUUUUCACAGAGUGGCUGCCAUGUUGAUUAAUCUUUCUUGGCAACAUUGGCCAGUGAGAGAACGAGAUGAAAUGGUUGACAAAAAGCCGGAUUUUUGAAAUUGGGUUGUGUCAGUGCUUUUACUUGCAUCAGCUCCAACUUUCAUUCACAUAUGCCUUCACACACACACACACACUCACAUGUGUUUAUAUACUCAAACAGCCCAACUAUUGACUGUUUUCAAAUAAAAAUUUGUUUUCCCAUUUAGCCUCUGCUGUGCUGCAGCUGACAGUGAGAAAACAGACUUUGAUCCUUUGCUUUUGCCUUCAUUCCUCAUUCAGGACUAGAAUAAAAGGGAAAGGUGCACCUGCUAUUCAAAGACAAGCUGGGCUUGUGUCAUCCUCUCUUUCCUUCUGAGCCACAGGCAGACCAGCUGCCUUUUGAAGUACCCUUCAAGCUAAGGAUAGAGUAACAAGAGAAAGUAAUAAUACUCUUCCCUUAUCUCUAUUUCAUACAGGUUAUCUGAGUUAGCGUAUGACAUUCAACAUAAAUAAUAUACCAAGGACCAGAAGGGCUGGCAAGGCCAAUUUCACCCUACAUAUAUUGUAUUUGUGUGAGCGUGUAAGAUAUGAGUAAUACUGACUAGAAAUAAAUUUACAUCAGGAAGGACAACAACUACUUUCCUCACCUGACACAUGUGAAGAUCUGUUUUGUCCUGAUAGUGCAAAUAUAAUGACAGCAAAUGAUAUAUGUAUUUAAUUAAAUUGGAAAAACUGAUUGGAUAAAUGAAAAACAAAUGUGAAUUUAACCUUGAUCAUUUCUACACUGGUAAUUCCCCUCCCAGUAGGUUGUUAUAAAUGUUUUUUUACAACUUUGAAGAGAGAAAUUUGGUUGUUUUUCCCCCCACCCUGCACCAGUGAAUGAAUGAAUGAAUAAAGUAUGAGUAAAAAUAAAUUCUUUAAUGCUUUUUCUUAUCCUGCCUUUUUCUUGAUCAUGCAACAUGUUGCAACAAAAUCUA